AUGGGCGAAACGCCGAAAACGCCGGACCAAUAUGCGGCUGCCUCGUUCCCUCUGACUCCGGAGGAGCUGGCCGCUCUUCCACACGACAAUGCCGCUCCGUACCUCCUUGCUAGCAUCUGGUCGCUGGCACUCGCCUCCACAAUAUUCCUCUGCCUACGAAUACACUACCCUCUCUCGUCCGUCUGCAUCAUCAUCGAGUGCUCGGUCCUCAGUUAUGCGACCAGUUUCGGUUACGGGCUACACAUCUGGGACUUUGACAUGCGCUACAUGGACGAUCUGCUCCUACCCACCAACGUCGCCGGCACCUUCUCCAUAACCGCCGCUGCCUGGAGCAAGACAUCGUUCGGCCUCACGCUCCUACACAUCACGGACGGCUGGCAUAAAAGGCUCACCUGGUUUUGCAUCAUCUCCAUGAACGUCGCCAUGACUGUGUCCGCACUCAUACCCUGGAUUACCUGUGCGCCUGUCCAGAAGUCAUGGGAGAUGACCGUCGAGGGCACAUGCUGGGAUCCUAAGGUCGCCGUCUACUACAACCUCUUUUCCUCCGGCUACUCGGCACUGAUGGAUUUCACCCUCGCAUUACUUCCGUGGAAGUUCCUAUGGGGCUUGCAGAUGAAGCGCAAGGAGAAGCUCGGCGCAGGUCUUGCGAUGAGCAUGGGCGUAUUUGCUGGCGCCACGGCCGUCGUCAAGACCAGCAAGAUCCCGAGGCUACUGGCGGCAGACUUUGCGCAGGGUAUCUCGCUUUGGGUCUGGGGCAACGCCGAGGUCUGCUCCUCCGUCAUCGCCACCAGCAUCCCCAUGCUCCGCGUGCUCGCCCGCGACGCCAAGACGUCUCUCGAACACCACCGCAGUGGAAGCAACUUCUACGACAAGGAGAUGGGGAUCGCUAGCAGCAGCAACAACCGCAGCAGAGUGGUCACCGCCACAAGCAGGCCCCCUCUGCCCAACGACAGCGAGCAUGAGCUGCACAUGCAAAAGUCGAUCGACGACCGCAGCGACCGGAGUAUACUGGCUAAUGAUGGGGAGCCUGAGCCGCUGCAGACGGACAAUGGGAUCCUGCGAGUGACGGAUAUCACAGUCCAGUAUGAUAAGGAGGGGGUUACAACGACGUGA